AACAUAUUUAUAUGAACGGUCGUCCACGACUCAACCAUUCGCAACAGUAAACUUACCCAACAUACACUCUCUUCCAUUCGUCCACUAAACUUACCUAAUCUACAAAAUGGCAAGAAAUUUGGUCCAAGCAUCUGGUGUCGAAAUCGCCAAAUUCAUCAACUCGUUUGACAACAUUUUAUUUGAUUGCGAUGGUGUUAUCUUGCUUGGCGAAGAUCUGAUACCCGGUGCUAAAGAGUCCAUUAAUUGCAUGAAAGAGAUGGGCAAAGAGAUUAAGCUCAUCACGAAUAACUCUUUCCGCACAACCAGAGAGUGGGACGAUAUCUUUGAGGACGUUGAUUUGGACUUCACUAGCGACGACGUCAUCUUUCCCACCAAAGCUGUGAUCAAUUACCUUAAAGGUAAAAACUUUAAUAGGAAAGUUUUCGUUUUGGGUCAACCUGCUAUCGUCGAGGAACUAAAUAAUUUUAAUAUCGAGGUUUACGAUUACAAAGACUGCGGAUAUUUGAAUCACAUCACCGAUCUGGAGGAGCACAUACAGGAUGAUCUGAAUGUUGGCGCCGUGGUUGUUGAUUUGGAUUUCAAUCUUACGUAUCCGAAGUUGAUGAAAGCGGCGAUGAUUUUAAAAAGGCCAGAUGUUCACUUUAUAUUCUGCGCCACCGAUAAGACUGCACCUUUUGGCGAAAAUUACAAGAUCAUUGGGUCGUAUUUCAUCGGUGAAACGUUGGAAAUGAUCACUGGAAGGAAACCGGUGAUCCUAGGCAAACCCAGCAUUACCUACAACAACUUCGUUAAGAAGAACUACAAGAAAAUAGACCCUGCCCGCACAUUAUUUGUUGGAGACUCGUUAAUGACUGAUAUGCUGUUCGCCACAAAAUGCGGUUACCAGAAACUGCUUGUAUUGACUGGGACGACUGAUUAUGAUGGCAUGAUGAACUGCUCGAAAGAAAUCAAACCAAAAUAUUAUUUGGAAAGCUUAGGGGAUUUGUAUAAACUCAUCAACUGAACUCAAUUUAAACAGUAUUUGCCA